GGUUUUGUAUGGCGAAGGAACCAUAAAAGAAAAGAAUGCACUUUCUUGCUUACCAGCAUGCUUCAAGUUUCCCUCCCUUUCUGGGGAAGGAAAUCAACGUGCCGCUUUUAAGAAGAGACUAUUGUGCUGCGAUGGCCCUCAUACGGUAUUGUUACAAUCUAACGGUCAUUUUGCCUACCUAGCCGCCCGAUUGUUAACCGCCUGCGUUGACUCACAUACCGAGAAUAAAUAUGCAGAUGCUACCUAGGAAUGACUGCUCCGAGCCACCUUAGGUGCAGCAAAGACACGUCGUGAAGGCACCACUUCUUAAAACGAGCCAGAUCUGGUACAGAAGUAGGAGGCGAGUCAAGCUACCUUCAUUUGUCAUUGAUCCUUCAAGUUCACGUUUUGAACCCAAGAGAUGGGCUUGGGAUCAGUCUACCACGAGUGUCUAGAGGCUGUAGCCUGUAGUCGCCCGUGGUAUGUAUGGCCAUGAUGGCUACUAAGGUCAGCGCGGGUGCAUGCACACAGCUUACUACAAUAGGUAAACAACAGCAAACCUCUACCUCUGUAGGCAAACCGUCGUCAACCUAUGCCCAUGUCAUGCCUGUGCAGUGGUUGUGCUUCCCAAAUCCCGUCAAGCCUAGCGGUUACACCCUGGCGGGAACUUUAUCCUAUCGCCACCGCCCACGCCAAUCUCCAUGCCCAUAUCCACCCUGGUGCCCUCAGUGCCCUGUCUGCCCGUGUUCCAUUAUUGGUGUUGAUUACCUCGUAAGGUAGGUAGGUCCCUAGUUGGUCCACAUCCGCCGAGACUACGGUGCGGGUGCGGUGCGGUCGGGUGCCACAACACCCCAUCGAUAACCUCACAUCACAUCAACCAGAUAUUACACCUUGCGUUGCGCUCACAACCUCCAUACCCCUUUUGAGCUUCCAAAUCGAACUCCUCAUUUCCUGGGGACAGCAUCUGCGCAUCGCGCGGAUUAUACCUUCCCCAUUACGCCACCAGAAAUCGCAUUUACUCCCCACGAGAUGGACGAAUCAUGACCACAAGACCCGUGGGCCGACAGCCCCCUCAGCGCUCUCUAAGUUCAACGGGCGCCAUUCAUCAAAGGCCGCCGCCGAUUAGAACACACUCGCAGCAAUUCACAUCCUCGUCGCCAACGCGGAGAGGCAAUGAUAGCAGCUUCGUGGACUUAGCUUUUGAUGGAGAAGCGGCUCGCCCAAGAAUUGGCACUUCGCGACUGAGGGUGGAGAUAUCAACGGACUCGAAGCAAUCAGGCGUCGCCGAGUCCCCAAUACCAUCAUCUGCAACGACUCCAUCAUGGAGGCCGUCCCUGCCUCCCCGAGGACGACCGCAGCUUCACUUUGACGUGCCAAGCGUCGUCAAUCCGAGGUCGGCGCAUGAAGGGGGCCAAUAUGAUACUACGAUCAAGCCGAUGCCUCUCCCAGUGAGGCCUGGACAACAUAUUUCGCCUUUUCCGGGAAAGCAGCGACCGCUGACUGUAAAUAACAACAAGAAAGAUGCUCGCCCGAAACCAUAUACAUUGGAAGUUCCGGCAAUUGCUCCUCAAUAUUUUCCCAAUGGGCAUGCGGAUUUCUAUCCAUGGACAGGAAACCACCCCGAAGACCAGUUUUCCGAGCCUGUUAUACGCCAGGGAUAUUUCGAUAAAGCCCAGAUGACACAGAACGAAACAGGCUCAGCCAGGUCCGCCAUAUUUCCUUCCCUGAAGCAUAAGAGCGGGUUGCAAAGUCUUUCUUCUCUCUUCACCAACGUGCUUGCUCAACGUAGAGCACAUGGCCAAAUACGCUCGGCAUCCACGUUCAAGCCCCCACCUCGAGUUACUGUGACAGAUACAAAGCGAGAACUGUGGCUGAAGGACCUGGCAAAUCCAACAAUCUCCUUGCGACGUCUGAGCCGGUCUAUUCCACAUGGAAUAAGGGGCAAGGUGCUGUUGGAUCAAUCUUUGAGCAAGAACAUACCCAUCGAAAGAGCUGUCUGGUUAGCCAAAUGUGUUGGCGCAAACGAACUGCGAUCGUUCCGUAGGAAGGGGGCUAGUGGAACAUUUGCAAUGGGUGGAGACGCGAAGUGGAUCCGGGAUUUUACGGUUUGCGUUGAACAGUUCUUGGAGAGCAUCAUUGGAUCCUGUGGCGAGAAGGACUUCAAAGCUCGAAUAAGUUAUGCAAUACGACUAGUCACACACUUUCACGUUGAGUAUCUGCUGGAUCGAGAGCACUACAUGGAUUGGCUCGUAUCCUCACUUGAGAAUAGUCCCCAGACAAAGCUUCCCAUGCUGCUUUUGAUUACCCAGGUCUACUGGAAAGAACUCCUGAGGUACCGCAAAUAUGGACGCCGACUAUCAAUUGCUCUGAUUAAUCAUUUAGCUGAGCUCUCCAAACAUGCGGAUCAUGACAUACUAGCCCCUCUUUCCCAUCGAUUGAAGGACCUGUUGAAAGCAUUGAUGUCUGCGAGCACUGACAAUUUCGUUUCACCUAGAGUGUGGGCUAGUCACAAGGAAACAAUCAGAUUGCAUCUCGGAUCUGGGGAUCCCCAGUUUCUACCCGUUCUAGCAACAAUCGACAGACGCAACUCGCGCUUCAACCAAACAGGCAUUUUGAGGGAGCCUACUGCUCGCCAACGCCUUAUUGCGAUCUUGGAUAAGACCCUCGGAGAACCAUUUUCAGACCACUUGCCUCGGAGAUGCUGGGAUGUACACGAUGAUAAAAAUAUGCUCAGUUUAGCCGUUCUUGAGUGGUCAACGUCAUCUCACCGACCAGGGAUUACGAGAAUUUAUGUGGCAGCACGUAUAAUAAGAUACUGGGCUAAACUUGGGGCGGACGUCACAGGAUCCAUCCUGGGCUUUCUCGAUUCCGCGUCCACGUCCACGUCCAAUGUCUUCCAAAUCAAUAAGCCUGCGUUCUUCCAUCUGGUAUCUGAAUUGGCACGUUCGGAUCAUUUCUCUACGCCAAGGUAUCUACAAUGGUUGAUAGCCCGGGGCGGCAUCUAUGAUUCCACAGAUGUUGCGGUGGACGGGCCUCUCUCUUCCCGACUCCUAGCAGAGCUUCCAAUGAGCAAUAUCAGCGACAGCAUCUCCGAUCUCCGUACUGUAUUGAUGGAUCGCGCGGAUUUGUCAACAGAUGAUGAGAACGAUCUAAUCCAGGACUGUCUGGUGUUCAUGAAUGGGAAUUUACCGGGCAUGCAAACUGGUGUGGAUCUUGAACUAGAAUCCAGAAGCUGUGCUGAGUCGAGCAAGCUCACAGAUCUUCCACCAAACUUAAGUAGAACGAUAAGAUCGGAGUUGGGGCUCUGGCUGAGACAGAAAGUGAGGCUGCAAAUGAUGCAGCCUACGAUACCGCCGCUGGAUGACUGGGACGUGUCACCAAUGAAGGGAGGAAGUUCUGCUAUCACAGGAGCAGACUUUAGUACCGUCCGCGGGUAUCUUGAAGAUCUGAGCGACUACUCGAUGCUGGCUGAUGUGCUGAAGAUUGUCACGAGCUCCAAUGACACUGAGGUUCUGGCCUCUUGUACUGAUACUCUGAACCUACAUCUCGAAACGUUUUCUGCCAUCGGUGCAUUGAAUGGGCUCUUUGAUAUCCUUAUGGGUCGACUACGUGCCUUGACCGAAGAAAGCGAUGCGGUUCCACGAGGCUUCCUAGUGUCCCUUUCGGAUCUUGCAUCGAGGCUACCACAUGAGAACAAUAUCGCACAGCAGCUUGCUCAACAGUUAGCCAGAAGUGAUAGAAAGACCGCGGCAGAUGCGUGCUCGCCAGUCUCGGACCAUAUGGCAAUCGUGGAGACAGCGGAGGUCGACUUCACGGACGAAAUUGAAAGAGUGUUGGCAAGUGGAAACAGUAUGGACCAGGCCACUCUUGAACGACUAUUCCACCGCAUCGUAUUGCGAUUGGAGGAGUCAUGGCAGAAAUCUCCAGAGCAGCAGCGUAGUUGCUCCCUGUUACUCACCCGUCUGAGGACAUUUGAUGCUAACCAAUUUGACGUAUUAAUGGUGGCGUGGGUAAGUCGAAUCUUACAAAAGGAGAGCCGCCCAAACAUGAUAGAAGCGUUCGGCCCUUUGAUCAGCUUCGGAUGUCUGGCUCUUCGUGAUGUCCUAGCAAACUGUGGCUUGGACAACGAAAGAAACCUCGGAGAAGUCAAUAUCGAACAGUCAUUCACAUCCCGCACCCCGCUGGAGCUGUUGCACCUACUUACCACCGAUUGUGACCUUCCAGAAGUCAUGACACUCGAAGAAGCUUAUCGGCUCCGGAUCAAGCAGUCGCAUGCACGGAAGGACUCCCCUGCGGCUACACUCCACGUCAUUCGUCAUGCAUUUGAGUCUUCACUGGCAGUCAUCAACGGAAGCUCCCAGCCCCUCAACUUUCAGACUCUGUUUUGCAGUCAAGAAAUGUGUGACCUCUAUCGAUACUAUGUAUUGAUAGAUGCGGUUGCUUUUACGCAGAACUUAAUCUUCCCUUUACUACGAAGCUCCGUUUUAGGUGCCGUGGAUGCUAUCAACACAACCGUGGACAAACUCCUCCUUGCCAGUAGUGCUCACGAGCGUAUCACGCCCGAACUUCUUCUGAACAUCGCUGAUGACCUAUCUUUACCAUUCUGCCAGGUCAAGCUUGGAGCAAUGCUGCAAUCUCAGGAAGCCGAACUAGACAGGGGCCAUGCUCAAUCAGAGCACCUAGCUGCCUUCGAUCGAGCAAUAGAAUCCGCAGUGGAGGCUGGAAAGACGACUUGGGCAAGCAUCAUUCCCUUACUCGAUGUCUCCAUAUCUCAACAUCUCCGAAAACGAGCCGACUCGCAGUUCCUAGGCUUGUUUCCCAACCCUAAACUAAACCGCAGUGACGGUCCUUGGAUUCCUGGCCGCAUUUCACGUGCCGAGAACCUUCUACAUAUUAUUAAUGCAACGGCACACAGCAUAUCUGCCUCACCUGCUCAAGACUCGACCAACAACAGUCUUGCUUCUGAUAUGGUCAUCGCUCUUAACGGUACAUGGCUUCUUCUCACAAAUUCCCAGGCGCAAGAUAUCAGGGAUUCCGUCGUCUCAAGGUGGCUCCCACUUCUCUUGUCAUUUGUGACUAUUCACGCUGGGGCAUUUGAAGCAAGUAAGCAAGGGCACGAGUACCGUGCCAAAGCCACACUCACACUCUCUGCGAUUUUCCUCCAUCUACAGGCAUUGGAUACAGGGACAGAAGCCGUCGGCAACCUCAUUGAGCAGAUUUUCGACCUAGCCCUUCACUUAGUUGAUAAUCUACCCGAUGAUACUCGCCAGCAGUGCAUCCGCAGCCUCAGAGAUGUCACAUCCAGCCCGCCCAUUUCCUAUCUGUUUAGCAUUGCAGCCAACCCGACAGAAUGGUUACUCCUGAGACAAAAAGAUAGGACACUUUCCGUGACUGACCCAGAAGAAAAUUCAGUCGAAAAAGUGAAGCUGACGCCAUUCACAUUGAAACGCUGGGAGAUGUUAGGAGAGCCCACUCCCAAUGUAGGAGAGAACGAUACAAGUCUAAGCUUGACACUAUUUGGAGCGAGACGGGUAGGCUGAUUUUUGAAGACGGUGUUGGAAAUUUUGUACCUUUGGCAUAGGGAGAGGCGUUGUGUAAUUACCCUGGGCGGAUAUUAGCAUGGCGUUGGGUACAUAAAUUCACAUGGCUUAGACGAUAUUACGUUAUAAACUCAAUAACAUCGAGUUAUCACCGCCAUAAUAAGUCGUGUCGUUGCGAGUUCUGCAUAAGUGCACUGGGGUUCUCGCAUCAGCGGCUGAUCCCGUCGUCUAUUUCGAUUGUCACAUCAAUUGCCUCUAUCGCCAAAGAGAACAAUUGAGACCUAAAGGUCUCCAGCGACUUAUCGCCUAUUAACAACGGUGCCUCAUUUAGCUAUUACUAUUAAUGCCCAAAAUACGGGCCACACCUCUGCUGGGCCAUUUCAGAACGUCCUGUACUUAAAAUACGGCAGGGAGUCCGAUCGUCUACUUCGAAUUUCAUUUUCUGCUUCGAGACCAAUAUAUGUAUCGCGAAUCCACCAAUGGCAACGAUGAGUUAUUAUUGAUACUACCGAUCCGAUCGGAAUGUUCGUUAUGUAGUAGUACAGUGGCAAGUUCACCUGCUUUUGGCGUUUACCUUACCAAGGUAAUGCAGUCAGUGUAUGGAGGUCAUGUUACCUGAUCCGGCAGGCAGGGAGACUUGAAUAUUUAAAGCCGUCAUUCCAUUGAGCACACAACAACAAUAACAACAUCAACAGCAACAACACUUGAGAUAACCACGAUAGCUACGCUUCUCAGAGAGAUUAUCUCUAAUCCGUUAUUCUCUCCGCCCCUUGUUUGACAAAUGCCACACCUCUGGUAUAUGAUAUCUCGAUAUUUGCUCAAUCCACUUCUUUGUAUCAGAGUGUUUCUUUGUACUUUGAGUACUACCCUUGUCAUUUGGGUGCUCGAGGUUUGGUUUGCUACAGUGCAAGAUUAUACCCAUCUUUCGCCAGUCUCGUUGAAUGGAAACAAGGCAGGAAGCCAGUGGCACUAUGAGUCUUAUCUUCAACCUCAUUGAACAAACAUGAUGCAUCGUCGACUGAUUGUAGAAAUACAUAUGAUACGUCGUAAGCUCUCUAUUCUAGGCGCUUUCGCAAUCUGGUAUACAUAUCAAAAUACAUGAACCAUGCGUCAAAGUUUGAUCUAGUUCUUAGAAUGGAUAUAGCUAUAUAAAUGUCACUGUCGACUUCAUAUAUCGAUACCGCAGAUCUCAUGACAUUGCUCGUGGCUUAAUUAAAUAACAAAC